AUGGGGGACUCGGCCAAAGACACCCCUUCACAAACGGGGAAGCGUAUCAGAGCCAAACACACUCGCUCCAGCCUCGGCUGUGGCGUGUGUCGAAUCAGGCGUGUUAAAUGUGACUUGAUGCGCCCUCUUUGUCAGCGAUGCUCCAGCACAGGUCGCUCAUGCGACGGGUACCCCUCCGGGACAAGGGCAGUUUCCCGAGCAGGCCGGGUUGAACCACAUAUUAUGACAUCAGAUUCAUCCUUAACCCUUCUUGCUCCGCGCAAAAUGCUAAGCGAUCCCGCCCUCGUCUUGGACCAAAGAGGACACCGAUCGUUGCACUACUUCCAGCACCGCGCAUCGCGCGAAUUCUCAGGCUACUUUGACAACGACUUCUGGAGCUGCCUGGUUCUCCAAAUCGGCCACAGAGAAUCAUGCGUGCGACAGCUGAUCGUGGCUCUGGGGACCCUCCACGAAAGCUUCCAGACCGGCGAUGACACCCCCGGGAACUCUGAGGCCGAUAGUCUGCGAAACCAGUCCAUCAGUGAAUAUACCAAAGGGGUAAGGCUCUUGAAUGACCACAUUUUCAACCGUGGAUGGGCCGCCCUGGACGUCACGUUAGCAAGCUCCGUGCUCUGCAUCAUCUUCGAAUGGUUGCGCGGGGCCUAUUCGGCGGCUCACACACAUCUUCGGAGCAGCCUAUCUAUCCUCUCCCAAUGGCAUACCAACGGAGCCUCCCUGCCCAACUGCACCUCAUUCUGGUCUCCCGGCGGGCACAUGAUCAGGACGAAACUCGAGCCCGUGUAUACAACCAUGGUGCUGCAAGCGAGAACAAUGCCGUCAUUUCCGGCGGUGCCGUUGCGCCUAGCGACGCAAACGCGGAACGAGAUGGAGCCUUUCUCGACCCUGAAAGAAGCGCGCGACAUGCUUUAUUCGCUACUGGCGUACCUUCUCCCCGAGAUCCUCUCACACAGCAACGCUGCUGCCACACUCGAGAACCAAGAGGAUAGAAACCUCGGCAGACUCCUCGCCCAGUGGUCGAUAAACUUCACCGAGUACCUCGCCCGCAACCCGACAGCAGACAAUCCCUCGGACAACCCCGGUGUCGAGGUACUCAAGCUAUGGCACAUCGGCGGCCACAUGCUCUUCGCAAACCGGCACUCGCAGACCGAGACGGCCCACGACCGAUUCCACGCCGAGUUCGACCUCAUCGUCGCCGGCGCAGAGCGUCUCCUCCUCCACUCCUCCUCCUCCUCGGCGGCGAGCUACACGUCGUCUUGCUUCUCCGUCGACAUCGGCGUCGUGCCCCUGCUCUACUUCGUCGCCGUCAAGUGCCGCCACCCGCAGACGCGCCGCCGCGCUGUCGCGCUGCUGGAGGCGUCGCCGCGCCGCCGGGAGGCCGUGUGGGACAGCGUCGGGGCGGCGCGGCUGGCGCGCGAGAUCGUCGCCAUCGAGGAGGAGGGGCUGGGCGACGUGCGUGGAUACCGGGAUGUACCCGGGUGGGCGCGCGUGCGGAGGAUGCGGGCCGAGAUCGACCUGGAGAACAGGUCGGUCCGGAUGAGGGCGGGCCGCCAGGGGGAGGAGGGUUGGAGCCAUGAGAAACUGCUCACAUGGUAG